AUGACGUCUCUACGCAAGUCUGCCCGAGUCCUCCGCUGUUUUAUUCGUCUUCUGUCGGACUCCUUCAGAAAUCACCGAUCUAGUAGCAGUGUGCAUGUAAACAAAAGUGUAGACAGGACCUUUGUCGACUGUUGUACGCAUGCAGUAGGCUGUCGUAUUGGAUCUCGCGUAACGUGCGCAGCAGUGCACCGUGCGUUCAGCUGUCACAACUGAAACUAGUAGAUGUAGCCGUCGCAACACUGGGAAUACUUGCUAAAAAGAACUUAACGACACUGUUUAGUGUCAUUCUUUACCUUUUGCUUCUUUGGAUUACUAUUGGCCAGCAGUAGAGACAACUGUCAAAAUUGGAUGUCGUAAUUACGGUUUAUCAAAUGACCCUGGUAUGGAGACUAAAAGAUACCAAAGUUACUGCGAAGGGGCAAAUACGGAAAUGGCAAACACCAUGGAUUAUUGCUGUUCUGCAGAAGAGACUUUGACAAACAGUGAUGCGCUAAUGAAUAUUGUUAAUUCAAGCGGUGCCCCUAACAUGCCAUCUGUCUGCAAGACAACAAUGCUAAGACUUAACCAGAAUCCACCUUCGGCUCGUUCCACCUUCAACAACUCCUACCACAACCGCAAGUCAGAAGCAGACUCUAAGGAGCUCUCCAAAACUGUUGCUGAGUCUAUGGGCUUAUACAUGAAUGCUGUCAGGGAGGCAGACUUUGGCUUUGGCCAACAAGGGACUGCAGGAGGGCAGGUUAGCCCAGGAAAACUUUAUCCUCUUUGUGGGUCAGCAAUCGAAGGCCAGCCUAAAACGACUGGGAAUACAAAGAUGAAAGCUCCUCCGGCCUCAUUUCCAUCUGGGUCCCAACUACCCAAUGGUGGCCCCCAGGAGUGUGUUGUAGGCUCUGCCUCAGUGCCCUCUGUGCUAGCCACUGCUCUCUCCUACAGGCCUGAGGGAUCUGGCCCCAUGUCAAGUCCUACCGGAAACAACAUGGUGUCGUCCACUACUAGCCCCACCUAUUUUGAAUCCGAUUGCCCAUCGCUGGCUUCGGCUGGCUCCAACUUGCCUCAAGGUCAUCUCACCAGCUCCAACACCUGUAGCCCUGUAAAGUCCAGCAUGGUGGGGUCACCUCCACUGGCUAGUCCUCUCAGUGUAAUGAAGUCUCCGGUUUCCAGCCCUCACAGUAUAGGCAGCGUGAGGUCUCCGCUUUCCUGCAACACCAACGUGAGAUCAUCUAUCUCAAGCCCAACAGGAAAUGUAGGCAAUGUUGUUAACAUUGGACCAUCCAUCUCCAGUCCACCCACAUUUGGCACCAUGGCCAUGUCCAGUCCCAGGAACUCAUCCAGGGGUUUCUCUGCUUCAAGCCCCCCCAGUGGACUGGGCCUGGUGCAGAAUGACACAAACAGCCCAGAAGGCAGGGAUCAUGACUUUAAGGGAUUUGAGUUCCCAAAAGUGGAAAAUGUUGAUGGCGAAAUAUUUAACAUAGGCCUGGAUGCUAUGGGAGUGGCAAAGUAUAUAAAAAAUGAACCCGGCACUGAUUACAGGAGUAUGUGCCUAGGUGGCAGUAAGAGCAUCGUGCCACACUCUCCUUUUAUAACUCAGAUUAAGACAGAGCCGAAAAGAGAGGUGACUUGUUCGAACCCACAGUUUUGUGAACCUCAGCACUCCCUGGGCUGCUUUUCUUCUGCAGAGACCACAUAUUUGUCUUUGAGGGAUAAUAUUGAUGAAUAUAGUCUCUCUGGGAUCUUGGGACCUCCUGUUUCCUCUCUGAAUGGCAACUAUGAACCUGGUGUGUUUCCUAACAAUGGCCUGCCCAAAGGGAUUAAACAGGAAACCAAUGAUGGCAGCUAUUACCAAGAGAAUAAUCAUGUGCCCACGUCGGCUAUUGUUGGCGUUAAUUCAGGUGGACAUUCAUUUCAUUACCAGAUCGGAGCUCAAGGAACAAUGUCGUUUUCAUGCCACAAUUUGAGAGACCAGACAAACCCCUUGUUGAAUCUAAUUUCUCCAGUAACUGGAUUAAUGGAGACGUGGAAAACUCGCACUGGCUUGUCACAGGGGCCUCUCUCUGCCAGGGGGGAGGGAUAUCCAGGCCCGGGCUGCCUUACAGAAAACAUGGAAAGUGCACCUUUGAGACACACAUCUUCAACAGCCAAAGUGUGUCUGGUGUGUGGAGACGAAGCGUCAGGAUGUCACUAUGGGGUCGUUACAUGUGGAAGCUGCAAAGUUUUCUUCAAAAGAGCAGUGGAAGGUCAGCAUAACUAUCUGUGUGCUGGAAGGAAUGACUGUAUCAUUGACAAGAUCCGCCGGAAAAACUGCCCAGCCUGCAGAGUACGGAAGUGUCUACAAGCGGGGAUGAAUCUUGGGGCACGCAAGUCAAAGAAGUUGGGAAAGAUGAAAAGCGUUAGUGACGACUCUUCCCUGCAGAACUCAAAGGACGGACCUGCGUUCCUGACCUCUGAGAAAGAGCUGAGCUCCACCACCGCUCUCGUCCCUCACGUCUCAGCAGUCGCACCAUUUUUAUCGCCGUCUGUCUGUAGCGUCCUGGAGCUUAUCGAGCCUGAAGUAGUGUUUGCUGGCUAUGACAACACACAGCCCGACACCACCGACCACCUGCUCACCAGCCUCAACCAGCUCGCCGGCAAACAGAUGAUCCGAGUGGUCAAGUGGGCCAAAGUACUUCCAGGUUUCCGCAGUCUACCCAUUGAGGACCAAAUCACGCUGAUCCAGUAUUCCUGGAUGUGUCUCUCCUCCUUCUCUCUCAGCUGGAGAUCCUACAAACACACCAACGCCCAAAUGCUCUACUUCGCCCCUGACCUCGUCUUCAAUGAGGAACGAAUGAGGCAGUCAGCUAUGUAUGAUCUGUGUCUGGGCAUGCGGCAGGUGAGCCAGGAGUUUGUCCGUCUACAGCUGACGUACGAGGAGUUCCUCGCCAUGAAGGUGCUGUUGCUGCUCAGCACAGUGCCCAAAGACGGUCUGAAGAACCAGGGGGCGUUUGAGGAGAUGAGAGUGAAUUACAUCAAGGAGCUCCGUCGAUCCGUCGGGAAGGCCACUAACAAUUCUGCUCAGACAUGGCAACGCUUCUUCCAACUCACCAAGCUAUUGGACGCCAUGCAUGAACUCGUGGGGAGCCUGUUGGACUUUUGUUUUUACACUUUCCGUGAAUCGCAGGCCCUUAAAGUCGAGUUCCCCGAGAUGCUGGUGGAAAUCAUCAGCGACCAGAUACCAAAGGUGGAGUCGGGCCUUACACACACCCUCUACUUUCAUAAAAAAUGACCAAAUGCUCAGCAGAGGAAAAAGUGAAGGAUCAAACGAGAGGACACCCAGCCCUCAGAAAACGAACAAGAGCAAGCCCGCUAUGCACAAAGCAAGGCGUAACAAGAGGCAUGGUUGAAAGCCACAUGAGGCUCGAGAGUUCAAGAGAGAUGAAGAGCGAUCUCUGUAGCUGGUCAUCAGAGAACUCAAAUUUCAUGUGACAGUGCAUUCCUUACCCCCAAAGACAAUGCUGACAAUGUUCUAUAUGGAUAUGAAGCCAUAUUCUUUGGUAAAGCUGUAGUGCACAUGCACAUGUGAGUCACAGAAACACGGACCCCCACACACACUAGACAUAUCUUCGACUCAUGGACAUGUUAAAUGUGCCAGAAGACACAUACAUACUUAAAUUCUACUUAAAUUUGCCACUCUUGAUAUUACCGUUGAAUACAAUUUAGAUUGAUUUAUUGCUGAUUCAGAUGCCCACAACCAUAUUUAUUUUAUGAAAAGAGGAACAAUGAUUGGACAUAUACUAAGGGCUACAAUACAUCAAAGCUCAAUAGUUGCCAUUUGGUGUAUAGUAUGGUACAGUAGUAACACAAUAGAUAUUAUAGUAAAUACAAUCAAAUCUAAACUGAUCUGCAAAACAUUUGGGUUUCAAAUUAUGCAAUUUUCCAUUAGAAUACAAUACUAGAAAAUUGGGUUCAGUUGCAUAUUGAAAAUUCCCUCGACCUCAUAACUCCAAGUUGAGACUGGAAAAACAAAAUGACAAUUAGAUUAUGGACUGAAGUGUUAACAUAGUGAGCAUCGGCCAGUCUAAUGGAGAGCUGUGGUGGAACGGUCAAAGGUAAUCUGAAAACUGGCAGCUCAAUAUAACGCAACUGGGAUUUUGAGGACAAAACAUGCUUUUUUACAUUUGCAAUACAGAAAACAUUACGGCUUGCCUUGUAAAGCAACACCUCACUUCUACACAAAUGUGAUAUUUUGUGCGAGAGCUCAGAUUGUAGCAAAUAAAUUGUACCUAAGCUGUUACUAAACAAGCUCCCUUUUAGACAUUAAUGAAAAUACCAAUUUACAGUCCCACAGAGCAAAAGCUUUUUCUAUGAUUGUGAUGUUUUUUUCAGUUAAGAACCAAUCCAGCUGGAAGCCAUUUUCUAACAAGGUGCUUCUUUUUUCUUAACGUAACAAGUAGGUGUUAAAUUUUCAGUAGCAGCACAUGUACAGUUAUAUAUGGGGAAAACGUACUUAUCUUCUCUGAAGCAUACAGCUUUCUAAUGAGUAAACAACAAUAACAGAACCUGCUCAUAAACAGCGUGUGUGAACUUAUCUCGCAAAUAUAACUUGCUUGUAGGCAUAUUUUUCAAAUGUUGUACAUAGGUUUUGCUUUAAAACACAUUUUAAGGGGCUAUUUGAGAAAAUGCCAGUGAUUUUUUUUUGGAGAGAAUUGUACAAAUGAAUCUGGACCACUGUUUUAUAAUCCCACUAUGCUACUGAUAAAAAACAAGUAAAAGAGGUACUCCGAGAGGUUUGCAUUGCUGAGGAUAUUAAAGGUGUCAACUUGUGAGUAAGACUUCUUCCCUGUUGUUUCUCUAUUAAUUUAACGCACAGUUAAAGCUGUUUCACUUUUGAAAGGGCAUUGUUCAUGGGAUUGGCAUGAUCCUAUUGGCUGACAUUGAUUUGCAAAGACAAGAUGAUGUUAUAAUUGGGAUAUUAGAUGUUAUUGUGUUGGUUAUGUAAUGUGCUGGGGUGGGGGGAUCGGGGAUGUAUUGUACAGUGUGUGAACUGGAAGGUCAAGGAACUCUUGACAUUUGCCUUUGUGAGGCAGCUAGUUGGUAGUAAAUUACUGUUAAAGGACAAGAAAAAUAAAGUAACAUAAAUACUGAGAAUCCAAGUUAUAAUAGUAAUGGGGUCAUUCUAUAAUUGCGGGUACAUCUCACAUCUGUCCGAUUUGUUUUUAUUAUGACGUCAUCAAUAUAAAAAAACGCAUUUCAUAGGUUUGCCUUCAGUUAGAUUCGAUAAGACAUUUGGUUCUUCAAAAAGUUUUUAUUUUAUUCAUAAGUUUCUUAUUUUGAGAGAUGCGCUGGUACUAAAUUUCUCCACUGAUACGACAGCAGAUUAUGCAAAGUGCCAAUACCAUUAGCUUGAUGGUUAUAUUAACUUGCAUUAACUAAAUUCUAAAGGUUAAAUUAAUACUUCUUAACUUUCUGAAUGUCAUUCAUUCUUAUAACGACUAAUAACAUUGAACAUCAAAAUGGUGAUGUUUCUAAACAUUUAAAUUAGACAGAGCACAAUAUCGAUAGCCGAUAGUGUGAAAAUUCACUUCUACCGACCAACACCAAUUUUUGGCUGAUCUAUUGGUUAUCUUUAUGCGUCUAAAAAACAUUUUCAACUAAUAUCCUUAUCAGACGCUUAGUGUUAUGUCAGUUUCUUUUGAAGCACAUGGAUGAAAGACUAGAAGUUAUGGCAUCUUUUUAAAUAUGUUAUUUAAGGACGUGUUUGUGCUUUGAAAAAAAUCUCACAUCUUUACAUUUUCGAAUGCAAUAUGUGCCCGAAACUAUAGAAUGACCCAAUGAAAAAGAUAACUCAGUCUCUGGUAUACAGAGUCAAUCCCAUUUCACCAACCUAUCAAUACACUUAACACUGUAGGGUAUGGAAAUUAUCGAAGGCCAUGAAUUAGAUGUUGCAGAGAUAUUUAGUAUCUUAUUUCAACCUUUCCCUUUUUUAAAUACACAGAUAUAUAAAUAAUUGCUCAAAGGUUCAUAGGAUGUAUGUGAAGUAUUUUUGAAAGAUUCUAUUUUGCUGGACACAAUAUAUAAGUAAUUUGUCUAAAAAGAGUAUAUGAGACCUUUUGUAAAGUGAGAUGUUUAUGCAUGCUUUUUGAAAAGAUGUUUACAGUGUAUUUAAGAAGGGAAACUUGUGCCUUUUUCUCACGAAAAGUAAGCAUUUUACAAUAUCUAUUGUAAAUAAAUAGGUGAAUUAUUUUGUUGCGUUGUAUGGAACAUUUCUAUAUAAAUAUGUUUUGGACGUUUGAGACACACGAUUUCCCUUAAAAGUUACUGAUCGCCCCUAUUGAAUUGAGAGCUUGGAGAGCAUGGGAUGAAAACAAGUGUAUUUUACUUUACACAGCAAGAGACGUAAUUUACUACCCAAACAUAAUCUUUAAACUUCUGUCAUUUUUUUUCAAAGCAAUGUAAACUAAUGUUCAAUUGUGUUUUGUGUUGUUUCCUCUGCUUCUACAAAUCUAACAAAAACAUACUGCUAUACAUCAGAGCUCUAUUAUUUAGAAUGGAUUUGUGGUUGCCAAAAUCUUUUUAUCCCAGAUUUUUUUAUGUGAAUAUAUAAGGAAGAUUAAACCAAGCAAAAAACAAACACUGAAUUUCCAGUAAAGAUGAAGAAUUUUGCACUAACAAAAAGUUUUAUCAUAUAUAUUUUGGUUUGGUUUUUGACCUGGUUUGGUUUGGUUUCACAAGACAUUGAUGUAUUUUAUUAUUUAUAUACAUAUGUAUACACUGAACAUAUUUUUAUUUCUAUGGGUGUAUAAAAUACAGUAUGUAGAGAAAAGCCCUAUAAAGACAGAACUAGGCGAGAACCACCUGAUAUGAAUUUGGAUUAACAUCACACACCUAAUGCAAAUAUAGACUGCCAUGCUUGUUACGGCAUGUUAGCAUUCUGUGUUACUCAACUACCAAAUCAUGAAAAAAUAGGUUGUUAUUCAUAGAUCCACUUUUGAGUUUUUCAUAUUUAAGUUUAAAUUAAGUUUAAAAUGUUCUGCUCAAAGCAAGAACUUUUAGAUGUGCAUUGGGGUUGGGGUCCAGCAACACGUAAACUAUGCAUUUGUACAAAUCACAUUUAACAAGGGCAAAGCAUGGUAAAGUUGGCCAAUAUAUGAAACUAAAACCUACAGCAGCUUACUAAUGAAAAGCUCAUCCUGUAGUUUGGAAGGCAAUCAAUCUUUAUGAAUAACCAUUUGUUACCCCAAUUAAAGCUUUUUAAAUGUGUGAUACAUUGUUUAAAGUGCAAAGCCAUAAUGCUCUUUUGUCAUAAAAGAGGUAAAUGUGCAUUUUUGUUUUCUUUCCUUUUCUCAAUGCUUUGUACAAUACUUGUUAGUAAACCUCCUCAGUACAGACAUAUUCAACAUGAGCUAAAGACAGAUGCAACUAGUUCCUCUAAACUGUAUAUCUUGAUGCAGAUCUUGCCAUAACUAUGUUUGCAGAAACAUCAUGGGAUUCCAAUAAACCUGUUAACAAUUA